AAAAAUAUGAGCCAAGAAGACUACCUUGUUCACAUCUCUGAACUUCCCACAGACGUUGAGAAGCAAGACCUCGAAGAGUUCUUUAAGAACAAUGGCAUUGAAGGAGUUUCUGUGUCAGUUCUCAAACCACAUUACAAACUUCCAAUCAAGUGGGCCAAGGUACAGAUGGGCAGCAGCGCUAAUUACACUAAGGCAACCACCGAAUUGAGAUACCCUCAUGUAAAACACAACAUUGAGAGUAGACUUUUGGAAAACAUCACUGAUGGUUCUCUCAAAGGUGCUUCUGAGACCAACGCUGUUGUCAAGGGUCUCAACAAGGAGAAGGUUGACAGCGCAGUUCUCGAAAAAUUCUUCAGUGAGAACGUCGGCCCAGUCAAAUGUUGCAAGGUCUCUAAGACUAUUGAGCAAAAUGACACUGACAUCUCCUGCAAGUCCAAUGGAUACGGUUUCGUCAACUUCGCUUCCAAAGAGUUGCUCGACAAGGCAAUUGAAGAGCUCAAUGGAAAAGAACUUGAAGGUGAGACCAUCUCCAUUGAGAGAUACAACAAGGACAUCAAGAGAGACACUAAGUUCAACAACUUGUACGUCAGAGGUUUCGGAGAGAGCUUCACCGAGGAGGACCUCAAGAACUUAUUCUCUCCUUACGGAGAACUCGGCAGUGUCAAGUUGAUGACUGACGAGGAAGGAAAAUCCAAACUCUUCGGAUUUGUCUGCUUCGUUGAGUCUGAACCAGCUCUCAAAGCUGCUGAAGAGAUGAACAACAAGGACCUCGGAGACGGAAAGACCCUCUACGUUGCCAAAUUCGAGAAGAAAGCUAACAGAUGGAAUGCUUUGAAGAAAUCUCUUGCUAGAGCUAACCUCUAUGUAAGAAACUUCGACAAAAAUGUUACUGAAGAAGACCUGAUGAAAUUCUUUGGAGGAGAUGCUGUUGUAAGAAAUGUUAGAAUUAUGACCACUGAUGUAAACAAAGAAGACGGAGUUAUCAAGGAGUCAAAGCAAUUCGGUUUUGUUAGCUUCAACAAUCCUAAUGAUGCCUCUAAAAUUAUCCAGAAAUACCAAAAUGAAGACUUAGAGUUUAACAACAAGCAAUUGUAUGUAAACUACUAUGAAGACAAGAAUGCCAGAAAGAAGAGACUUGCAAAUAGUAAGAAGGAUAACUUGAUGGGCAUCCUCGAUCAAUCUUUUGCUGGGCAAGGAGCUGAUGGCCAGAACAACAUGAUGGAAUACUUCAUGCAAAUCUUCCAACAAUACUUUAAAAACUUCCAGAGCCAAGGAUUCGGAGGUCAAUAUGGUGGAGGUUAUCCUGAUAACUAUCAACACAAUUAUAACAGAAGAGGAGGUCCAAGACACCACAACAGAGGUGGAUAUGGAGGUCACUCCUAUAACCAAUAUGGUGGACAUGGACAGAACAUGUACAACAGACCACCAAGACAGGACAUUCAUAACUCUUAUGCUAAUGCCUCUGCUGGUCUACCAAACACUGCUCCUCCAAUGGUUGGUGGAAACCUUCCUCCUACUGCUCCUGUUAGUCAGGCUCCCCCAAUGCCAGUUCAACCACCAGUGACCAACGCUAGUGCUACUAAGUAUGUUAAUGAUGUAGUCACCUUGAUCAACGGUGCUUCAUUCACUAGUCUCUCUGAAGACGACAAGAGAGAAAAGAUUGGAGAAGAAAUCUACAGCUAUGUCCUCGAAAAAGCUGGAGAUGAAUCUGCUCCAAAGAUCACAGGUAUGAUCAUCGAUCUCCCAUUCGAUGACCUGAUCUCAUCCAUCCAGACCUACGGAGGUAUCGAGGACAAGAUCAGAGAAGGAUUGGAACUUUUGCAAGAGGAUUCCUAAAUCACUUGCUGAUAAAUUAGACUCUGCAAAGAGUCUUAGUUGAGUAGAAACCCCAAAAAGAUAAAAAUACUUACUUACACAUUCAAAU